UGACUUUAGAUGUCAUUUUGGUUAUUAACCUGAAAAUAUAUACAAAACACAGAGUUUUACACUGGUCAGGUUGCUCUUAGAAUGACAUAAAGUUAGGCACCUAUUUUACAGAGGAUCACAAAUAUUUAGGAUGUAGCCUAUAAAUAUAUUUGAUUUGGAGCUGGAGAUCAGAAUUUCCUUGACAGGUAAGCCUCAAAUUAUGAAUUUGGUUAGAACACAAAAUGCCUACACAUUGAGCUGCUGCUAAUAUAGACAUCAUAUCAGAUUGUAGAUAUCCUGAUACAAAUCAACACGUUCUUGUCUUUUCUAGUUUUGCAUUAAUGGGCAUAUGCUGCGGAAGUGGAACAGCCAGCCUGUCCUGAAGUACGCGAUGCAAGGAGGGGACUUCAUGGUUGCCACCAACAUACUCCUCUCUGGCAAUAACUUCUGAAAGCUUGCCCUCUUCUUUAGGUUUAUGAAUAUUGGCUUUGUGUCUCCAAAAACAUUCAGACUUAUACAGAACCAUUACUUGGUAGACUCUAUUAUAAAGAUUUUUGGGAGAAGAAGAGAGCGAUCAUCAUUGACUGCCUGCGUGCAAAGGAAAGUGUUGUUGCACUUGCUGAUGGAAGGAUGGACUCUCCAGGCCACACUGCCCAGUUCUGCACUUAUACGACCAUGGAGAACGACUCCAAGGACAUAAUAAGUGUUGUCACUGUUGACAAACGACAAACCAAUCGCAACAGUGUGAUAAUGGAGAAGCAUGCCUUCAUUCAAACGUUUGACAACCUUUUGGCGGACCUGAACAUCACUGAGAUUGUCACAGAUGCGCACAUGCAGAUUUCUGCACUGUUGGAUCCAAGAAAAGGAAGAUACAAAGAGAAAGCUAUAAUACAUUCCUUGGAUGUCUGGCAUGCAGCCAAAAAUCUGACCAAGAAACUUCAUAUGGCUGGGAUUCUAAAGGGAAAUUCCAUCCUACUUGUGUGGCUGAAGGACAUCAACCAAUUUUGGUACAUUUGCCAGAAAGCACAACAUUGUGAUAUGUUUAAUGACAUGUGGGUGGGUGUGCUUCACCAUGUCACAGGGAAGCAUGAAUGGACCCGUGGCAAAUGUGACCAUGGACCACUUGAUGCAAUGACCAGUGAUAAAGAGCUCAUGGUGCCAGGAUCACCACCACACGAGGCUCUUCAACGAAUCAUGUUCAACAGACGCUGGUUGAAGGAUGUCACCAAGUAUCUGACCUUUAGGUCAACUUCAGAACUGGAGAGUUUCCAGAACUGCAUUCUCAUGUAUGCUGGAAAAAGGUUUGCCUUCUCUCCUCCUGUCUACAAAGCCAGGUGCCUUCUUGCCGCGUUGGAUUACAACCACCACAACCACCGACCAGAUUAUAUAACCCAGAAAAAUGAGAAGUCAAAACGUAUGGAUGGAGGGCCGCUCCCAAGAAAGGUAAAACGCAACCCCGAUGACCCAAGAAAUCUUGGGAAUUUAGCUGGAGUUGUGGCAACCCCCACGGCGGAACUGGUACAGACACAAAUUCGCAGAGGACAGGUGUGUCAUUCAACAAAAUCCCACAUUUCUUGUCAGCUCAAUUCUAAUUAUGUUUAUUGUUGUACUGGUUAAAAUAAAUAAAUAAAACUCAGCAUAAAAUAUUCAGUCUCACAAGCCAUCCGCUGCACCUUUGUGCAGUUUUGGAUGUAUCACCAAUUAUAAUAAACCAGUAAUUGUCUUCUUUUUUCCUAUUUAACAUAGUUUGGGUAGAUGUAUUUUUACCUUUCAUGUUUCAGUCGGAUCACUUACACCUUCGCCAGAGUCGCCAGCUGUUCGAGACGUCGCUUCCAUUUAUAUGCAGGCAGCAGAUGGCGACAUCGUCCCUCUGCUGCCUGCAUAUAAAAGGAAAAAACAUCUACCCAAACUGUGUUACAUAAGAAAAAAAGAAGACUAUUAUGAGUCACAAAGUAAGAAUAUACAGAAGAACACCAGUAAUUCAUUUAUAAGUCUGGAACUAUUUGUAAUGUUCACAGUACCUGCACAACACAUCACUUUUCUGUUGUGCCAAGGUCAAGUUGAAAUGACAGUUACCAGAUUGGAUGGAGC